AUGUCCUUAAACGUCACAGAUGUCCAGAAACAGAUUCAACGCCUCGUGGCGUUCAUUGACCAAGAGGCCAACACUAAAGUGGAGGAGAUUGACGCUAAGGCUGAAGAGGAAUUUCAAAUUGAGAAAUCGAGAUUAGUGCAGAACCAACGUCUCAAAAUCAUGGAAUUCUACACCAAGAAGGAGAAGCAGUUAGAAUUGGCCAAGAAAAUUCAAGACUCGAAUUUGAUGCACCAGGCGCGGCUCAAAGUUCUUCAAAACAGAGAGCAUUUUGUAGAAGAACUUCUUCAAGAGGCUCGCAGUCGCCUUCGUGAGGCAACCAAGGAUGCUGAGCAAUAUCGCGUCACCCUCGGUGGCCUACUUACUCAGGGUCUUCUGCAACUUGUGGAGCCAGAAGCAACAAUCAAGUGCAGGGAGGAAGACUACGACCUCGUCAAGUCUCUCGUGCCGGCGUCAGUCGCGGAGGUGAAGCGACUCGCUGGAAUCGAUUGUGAAGUUAAGAUUGACAACGCCAACUUCCUGCCAAAGGACAGUUGCGGCGGCGUCGAGGUGUCGGUUCGCCAGGGCCGCAUCUGUGUGAACAACACGCUGGACGCUCGAUUGGACCAGGUGGCCGAGAAGAUGAUGCCGCAGAUCCGCGAGAAGCUCUUCGGUGUGAACAAGAACCGCAAA